UAUUCUAGACAAAUCUGUAUUGUCACGGUUACGUAAGGUAAUAUUAUAGUUUGUCUGGUUUGUUGACGGGAAUUCCUUUUUUUGUCGUAUAGAGAUAAUUUAAGUCUCUACUUGAAAGUAAUUUGGCGAAGUUUACCCUCGCGGUAGCGAUCGAGAGGCGAUAGAUAACCUAUGAAAAGACGUUGUUUACAUGAAGAUAGAGUUUAAGACAGCUGAUGUCGAAUUAAUAAUGUCGGACGAGACGAUUUGGAGCGAUCAGUCUUCGGAGCAAGUUUCAAAUCCUGCGCCGAUCUUGGAGACUUCGUUAAUGGCAACUGCAGAGGAUCAUGUUAUUGUGAAACUUCUUACAGGCAACAACGUUACAUCCAGUUCUUCGAAUAGUAGCGAAGUACUGGCUAAGCUCUUAUCAGGGAGCGUACACUCGUCUUCACCUUCUGCCGUGACAGUCGGAACUACUUUCAUGUGGGGCAGUGUGCAGUCUCCGGGCCUGCGUAAAAUUGAGCCAAAGCCAACAGAUUCUGGAAAUGAGGGUGAAAAAAUUGAAGUUGAAAAUGAAUCGAAUCCGCCCGGAAGACUUCUGGGUAUUAAUGCCACAAGGAGAGGAGUCAAGACAUGCCCUAUCUGCAUGAAGAAGAUUGGUUACCGUUCUAAGCAGUGCAAAUUUUGUAGCCCUGGAAAGCCUAGAAAGAGAUCAAGAAAAUCCAAACAAAGUAAAGAAUCUAAUCAUUAUGAUGAUGGAAGGGGUACAACUUGUGUUGAAUUGGAUGUUGUGGUGAUUGAUGGUGAAACUGAGGUGGCAACUUCAGAGAUCUCAAGCACUGUUCCAGAAGUUGUUGCAAAGGAGGAGGUGGAAGAUUCUGGAACAGAUACAGCAAUAAGUUUUGGACAAGAAACUCAGGAAGAUGAUGUAGUUACUGGUGAUGCUGUGGCAACAGAAGGAGUGGUAGGAAAAAAGAGCUAUCAUACCAGUCUGCAAGAUUUGAUCCAAACUCUUCUUGUGCAAAAUCAAAACAGUAGUGUAUUCAUACCACCCAGUGAGCGGGUAGAGACAGAUAAAUUGAGUAUGGCACAGCCAAACUCUGAUCAACAACAGCAACAAGGUGGCAAUGAGGAGAUAGAGCAAGAGCAGGAACAAAUACAAAUGGCAGGUGCUGCUUUAGGCACCCCAGAGAAUUCUUAUGAUGCAAAUUCAGUUGCACUUUUUCUUGGACAUUUGGCUCAACAGAAUGGGAAGAAAAUACGGACUGCACUGAAUCCUGUGAUUGACAAUACUAAGUCUAGCACGGGUACAUCAAGUCUGAUUGGAGUCAAAACAAAACACAUUGUUAUAGAAGAUGAUCUGUCAAGCCAGGCAAAGUACCGCAAAAUACGUCCAAAGUCAAUUGAUGAUGGCACUGCAGUGGUGGAAAUUCGGUCAAGUGUGGCAUCAACUGUUGAGGAAGACAUGGCUGAUAAUGUUGCAGAGUCCAGACCAACAGAAUCUCAGUUAAGAAUGCUUCCUGGAAAUGCAACUCGAAGAGGAGUGAUGCCUUGUCAAAAGUGCCAAUGUUUAAUUGGCUGCCGUUCAAAAGUGUGCAAGCAUUGCAAGUCUUUGUUGAACGAGUCCAAUCCUCCAUUCAAGCGAAACAAGAAGCAACAGCGCCAAGCAGUUCAGCUUCAAAUCCCAUCAAACUCAACAGUGAUGGUUUUCUCUGUAAGAAGAAGCAAAGUAGGACCAGAUCACAGGUGUUUUGUUUGGUGUGAGCGCAACUUCCCAGAUAACAGAAUGAGAGAUGUUUACUCAUGUGACUAUCCUCCUUGUGUGACUGCGAGGGAAUUGGGCAGCAAAGCUCCUUCCUUUCUGUGUGAACAUGCCAAGGUUUGCCGUAGCCAGGGAUCAAUAAACAAUUCCAGAGCCCUUUAUCUUGAUCAAGAAAAACUAUCUGGUGAAUUUUUUAGUGGAGAGGUUUCCAACUCAUUAAAAGAUCUAAACUUGAGGUGCGAUAGCAAAAAUGUGGCUCUUGUGCAGUGCGUGUCAGAACGAACUUUUGUCGUGGUUGAUCAGCUGCACUUUGAGCAGGGUGGUAGCCUGGCUCCAGAUCUUAUUGGGUUUGUUCAUGUGCGAUUUGAAAGGACAAAAGCGAAUGGUGGUUUGCGAAUUGAAGUGUUCUGUUCUGGAAGGCCAUGUAUGGCUUGGAAUCCUGUCUUCAGUUGUACAGUCAACAAAGGAAGUUCUCUACCAGUGUUGCGAUCUCUAAACUGCGUUCACUACUCUGCAUGUCUAUGGGCAAUAGCAUCUGAUGUAGAACUUGCACAGGAAUUUAAACUCUUCCUUGAUAAUGCUAAAAUGAAAGUCAACAAUACUGAAGAGGAUUGAAUCUAUGAAAAGCGCUCUGAACUUGUCCAACAGUACUCAAAGCUGUCACCAAUAGUAUGUAACUGCAGAUGUUAUCAUAUGAUAAUUUGAGUUAUACUUACAUUUUGAUUGGAUCUUACCCAUGAUCUAUUGGAUGGAUGAUGUCACUAUGAACAACUAAAACAUCAGGGCCACACUUAGCUGCUCUUGUUUUAUGAUUUUUUUGUUCUUACCACAUGUUGACAUCGUCUGUAAUCUACAACAGAACAGACCAGCAGGGGCAUGGAA